UCUAUUUGAGAGGUCGUGGGCCAAUCAUGGUUAACAGCAACUAUUAUGUAAUGGACUUUCUUUACGCCUUUCCUACACAUCUGCAAGCAGCAAGAGCCGGCAACAUCAUUCAUGCUAUCAUGCUUUACAGGAUGAACCUGGACCGGGCUCAAAUGAAACCGUUAAUGCUUCAAAACACCAUCCCUAUGUGCUCGUCCCAGUAUGAGUGCAUGUUCAACACCAGUCGCAUCCCAGGCAUAGAAACAGACACACUUCAGCACAUGUCUGACAGCAGGCAUAUUGUGGUGUAUCACCGAGGCCGUUACUUUAAAGUGGGGAUGUUUUAUGAUGGGCGGUUACUUUUGCCACGGGAGAUCGAGCAGCAGCUGGAGAAGAUACUGGCUGACACGUCAGAGCCACAGCCCGGAGAGGAAACCCUCGCUGCCCUCACCGCAGGGGACAGAGUGCCUUGGGCCUGUGCCCGUAAUGCCUACCUCAGACAUGGCAAGAACAAGAAGUCUCUGGAUGCUGUGGAGAAGGCCGCUUUCUUUGUUACACUAGAUGACACAGAGCAGCGCUAUGACCAAGCAAACCCUGUGGAGUCCCUGGACCGUUACGCUAAAUCGCUGCUCCAUGGGAAGUGUUAUGACAGGUGGUUUGAUAAGUCCAUAAACUUAAUUGUCUUCAAGAAUGGAACGGUUGGCCUUAAUGCAGAACACAGCUGGGCUGAUGCUCCUGUUGUUGGCCACCUCUGGGAGCAAGUGCUCUCGAUGGACCCUGUUAAGUUGGGCUACACCGCAGAUGGCCACUGUAAAGGAGAACCUCACCAUAAUCUUCCUGGACCUCAAAGACUCCAGUGGAAUAUCCCAACUGAGUGCCAAACUAUGAUUGCCAACUCUUUGUCUGUGGCCAUGGCUUUGGCUGAUGAUGUGGACUCUCACAUCAUCCCCUUUAGUGACUUUGGGAAAGGCUUGAUCAAGAAGUGCAAGAUCAGUCCUGAUGCCUUCAUCCAGCUAGCAUUGCAGCUGGCCCAUUAUAGGGACAAAGGAAAGUUUUGCCUGACGUAUGAGGCGUCCAUGACACGUUUAUUCAGAGAAGGCCGUACAGAAACUGUGCGCUCCUGCACCAUGGAAUCCUGUGCUUUUGUCCGUGCCAUGAUCAACAACAAAACGACAGAAGAGAAACUUCGUUUACUAACCCAGGCGGCUGAGAAACACCAGCAGAUGUAUAGGCUGGCAAUGACUGGUCAGGGCAUUGACCGCCAUCUCUUUUGCCUCUACGUAGUGUCUAAGUACCUUGGACAGGACUCCCCAUUCCUCAAGGAGGUGUUGUCAGAGCCGUGGAAACUCUCCACUAGUCAGACUCCUUUGCAGCAGGGGGAGCUGUUUGAUCUGGUGAAUCACCCAGAGUAUGUGACCAGUGGAGGAGGAUUUGGACCGGUUGCAGAUGACGGUUAUGGUGUGGCCUAUGUGAUUAUCGGUGAAAAACUCAUCAAUUUCCACAUCUCUUCCAAGCAUUCUAGUCCAGAAACGGACUCUCAUCGCUUUGGAAACAAUAUCAGACAAGCAAUGCUUGCUAUGCUGGAUCUGUUUCAGCUUGACAAGAAGGACCUAAAGUGAUUUGACUGGUGAAAGGAUUGUGCUUUUAAUGACUCGUGUCACCUCAAUUGUAUAUCAGCAGCGUUGAGAGAAUCUCAUUCUGUUGUUAUUUGUGCUGGUGCCUUAACACAUGUCUCAACUGCAUUACCAAGACUAUUUUCACUUUCAGCUUUCAGUAUAUUUUACUGAGAUGUACAGUUUCAUAUAUAUUUCAAUAGAUGACAUUCUCUUGAUAAGAUAUCAAGGAGCAUAAUAUUCACUUGGCUGAAGUGUUGAGUCGCAAAUCAAGCGAUACUCGGCUCUCCAUUUGUGCUUUAAGUUUGCAGUCUGAUAUUUGCAGUUUUUCAAAUUAAGAGUUAACUUAUGAAGGAAAUGAGGUUAUGCGGAUUGAUAAGUUUCUGAAUACCCCAAGUGUGCAGUCUUUUAUUAUGUAUUUUGCACACAUUUUGCUCUCCACCUGAUUGAAUGGGUUGCUAUCGUGUCGAUUCAGCGUUGAAAGGUCACUAGGUUUUAAUGCGGGAUGUGUUAACGCUUAUCAUAUGCCUUAUCACAUUAAUUGUACAUUUUAUUUUUAUUUGAAUUCAUUUAAUUUCCUUCCAUCAUAUUUUAGGUUUUGAUUUGACUGUAAUCAUUUUGGAAAUCAUUGUCAAAAAAUGAUUCAAGUUCUGGGAAAAAUUGAAUAUAUUCUGAACUCCGUUAUUUAUUUUGUAUGCAUAAUAAUGUGUUAAUGAGUAAAUAAUGAGUGUUCUCUUAAAGUACAUGUAUACAUUUAUUUGGAAAUUCAGAAGAAGCAUUAAACAUACCAUAAACAUAUUAAUAA